GGCUGGGACGUGAACCGUGGCAUCCUGGGCUCGGACACGGCCAAGUCGCUGACCAUCGUCAACUCCAGCCGCAACCUGCUCGUCUCCUGCUGGACCAAGCGCAAGGCCAAGGAGUGGAUGGACGCGCUGAAGCUCUCCUACGAGAAUUACGGCAAGGAGUUCGUCGAGGCGAACCGGUACGAGUCGUUCGCGCCGGUGCGCGAGUGCUCCUGCCGCUCUCGCUGGUACGUGGACGGCAGCACGUACUUCCGCGACGUGGCCGACACGCUGGAGGCGGCUCGUGAGGAGAUCUUUAUCACCGACUGGUGGCUCAGCCCGGAGAUCUUCCUCAAGCGGCCGGCGCUCGACUCCGAGUACUGGCGGCUCGACCAGGUCCUGCUCAGGAAGGCGAAACAAGGCAUUAAGGUAUACGUGAUGCUGUACAAAGAGGUGGAGAUGGCGCUGGGCAUCAACAGCUUCUACAGCAAGCAGAAGCUGAUGCAGCACGACAACAUCAAGGUGAUGCGUCACCCGGAUCACGCCAGCUCGGCCGUGCUGUUCUGGGCCCACCACGAGAAGCUGGUGGUGGUGGACCAGAACUAUGCCUUCGUGGGCGGCAUCGACCUUUGCUACGGCCGCUGGGACGACUUCUUCCAUCGGCUGACCGACCUGGGCAGCGUGGCGGACCUGGAGCGGGCCGGCCACUUCCAGGCGCCGGUCACCUCCAGCACGCCGGCCGGCUCUCAGCUGCCACACACGCUGCUGGCGCUGGCGCAGGGCACCAACAUGGUCACAAUCGGCACUGUCACCAACGCCGAGCAGGCCAAAGAGCUCCCUGUGGAGAUGCAACCGCACGUCAUGUCCGGAGAUGUGGUGGACGCAGCGCUGGCCCAGGACGGCGACGGCUCCGAGCACGGAGAGCCGGACGAAGAGCUGCCGAUGAAAGGCGAGACGCCGCCGACGCACCGGCGGCGUAUCAUGCGCAACAUGGUGCGCAUGCGCGAGGUGGCCAGCGUGUGGUCGCACGGGAUCGCCGACCGCAGCCGCCGCCAUCUGCACAGGGGCAGCAGCGAUGCGGAGGGUGAGGACGGCCCGGCCGCCGCCGCCGAGGAGGCCGUGGUGGCCGAGAAGGCGCCGCAGGCACAGGCGGCUCCAGUCACCGCAGCCGUGGUCGCCGCCGAGGCCGGCAUGCUCGACGAGGUGGACGCCAACCGUGUCAAGAAGCUCACCGCUAAGCUGUGGUUCGGCAAGGACUACACCAACUUCAUCGUCAAGGACUUCAGCGCGCUGGACGCCCCGUUCAUGGACCAGAUCGACCGCCGCUCAGUGCCCAGGAUGCCCUGGCACGACAUCUCCACGGGCGUGGUGGGCUCGGCUGCGCGCGACGUGGCGCGCCACUUCAUCCAGCGCUGGAACGCUGUCAAGGUGGAGAAGCUGCGCUUCAACAUGGACUACGAGUUCCUGCUGCCCAAGGGCUACCAGACGUGCGACUCCAUACCGGAGGUGCUCUCGACGCCCAGCUACAAGACCAAGUGUCAGAUCGUGCGAAGCGCCUCACAGUGGUCGGCCGGCAUCAAGGACACGGAGGACUCGAUCCAGCAGGCGUACGUCGACCUGAUCAGCCGCGCGCGACACUACAUCUACAUCGAGAACCAGUUCUUCAUCUCGCUCUGCGGCAUCAACGCCGACGUCAGCAACCGCGUGUGUGAGGCGCUCUUCCAGCGCAUCCUGCGUGCGCACAAGGACGGUCGCGGGGACGGCUCCAAGUUCCGCGUGUUCGUCAUCGUGCCGCUGCUGCCGGGCUUCGAGGGCCAGGUGGGCACGGCCGGCGGCACGGCCAUCCAGGCCAUCACCCACUGGAACUACUCGUCCAUCUGUCGGGGCCAGUUCAGCCUGCUGAAGCGGCUGCAGGACCGCGGCGUGAACGACCCGACCGAGUUCGUGAGUUUCCACGGCCUGCGCACCCACUCGGAGCUGGGCGGCAAGCCGGUCACCGAGCUCAUCUACGUGCACAGCAAGCUGAUGAUCGUGGACGACGACACGGUCAUCUGCGGCUCGGCCAACGUCAACGACAGGAGCAUGAUGGGCAACAGGGACUCCGAGGUCUGCAUGGUCGUGGAGGAUCUGGAGUUUGACGAGGGCGUGAUGAACGGCGAGGCGGUCAAGGUGGGCAAGUACGCGGGGGCCAUGCGCCGUCACCUGUUCAAGGAGCACUUGGGUCUGCUGGAGACGCCCAACGACGACGUGGACGUCAACGACCCGAUCAGCGACGCCUUCUACAAGGGCGUCUGGCUGAAGGCGUCCAGCAAGAACACGGACGUGUUCGAAAAGGUGUUCCGCUGCAUCCCGACGGACUCUGUCAAGAGCUUCGCCCAGCUGCAGACGUUCCAAGCGGAGGUGCCGCUGGUGCUGUCGUACCCGUCGCGCGCCAAGGAGAUGCUCAAGGACAUACGGGGUCACCUGGUGGACCUGCCGCUGGAGUUCCUGGAGUCGGAGGACCUCACCCCGGACCUGGGCACCAAGGAGGCGCUGGUGCCCACCUACAUGUGGACGUAGACGCGGCGCGAGGCAGGACCGCCCGCAGCGGUGGCGGCCGCCGUCGCCGUCAGCUCCCCGCGGCCGGACGCCAGCGCUGGUCUCCUGUUGAACGUCCCGUGCCGCGACCGGCCCGCGCUGCCUCUCAGCGCAGGCGGAGGUGCCGGUGUGUUUUACCUGUCGCUGUGAUGUUCCCUCACGCCUCGCUGCCAGCUGAGACUUGUUGCCGAUCGCCUUGCCUUGAGAUCGGGUCAGAGUUGGCGUGUGGACAUGGCCGAGAGCUGGGGUGCACGCGAAGACAUGAGACCGCUUGUGCCGCCUGCAGCGUGACUUGCGCGGCGUGAGUAGGCCUAGGGCUGGUGUUCUGUUUGUGAGGGCCCACGUAAAGACCGGGAGUCAACUGCAGCAGUGUUGCAACCGUGGGCUCAGAAAUGCCCGGUUCAUGCUCGGCUAGGCACUCGCCGACCCUGGUGCGCACGAUGGAUACGUCAGACUGCAUUCGCGGCUCCGCGACGCUGUUGCCGCCUGUCGGAGGCGUCGGGAACUGACGCGGGCUGGGCUCGGUCGCCGCCGGCCGGCUUCUGCCGCCGCGCUCGGUCGAGCCGGCUGCGGCCACGCCGACCGUCGGGCUUGGCGGUCGGCUGGCCUGUGUUCCUCGCUCACCGCUCUGGCCGCAGUUCAGGCGGCCGGGGUGGAGGCGGCGCGGUGGUACGGGUCUGUGUCUGGUGUCGGGCGUGGUCUUGGCUCUUCUGACAUGGCGGGCGUCGCCGCCGCGUGUUGGUGAUUACCAUACAAUCUGUCGUCCUCCCGGGGGGCGGGCGGCGUCAGCAGCAGACUUCGCCCGCCGUCCCCCGUCGUCGGUCCACUCCCCACCACUGCGUGGCCGAAGGGUCGGCCCCGGCGGUGGCGCUCUGCUAUUGGCUUGGGUUCUCUCACAGCUGCAUAAGCCUGCACUCACGCUGAGGUAAACGACACAGGGGUGGGUGUUGGUGUGCUGGCGCAGCGGUGCGCUCGUUGAUCCGACAGCCGGUGGCUGCGCAGCGCUCAUUGUGUUGUGACCCCUGCCGGUCACUCCGCGACGCCAGGCAGCUGCCACCCCCUCCCUCGCCUUCCCUCCACCCCUCGUGGGGCUAGAUGUCUACGCACAUUAGUCGUCAGGUAGCGUGUUGUUUUUACUAGAGCAGCUUUAUUGCCGUUUCUUUUGUUGUCCCUCUUGUGUGUGAGGAGCCGCCGAGCGCCUGUUUGCUGUUUAAGCCCGCUGGAUGCUAUCACUAUUGUUAAGUGCCUUUCGAAAUAUUCGGUCAGCUGGGCGGAAGCCGUAGCCGGCAAAGAAUCCGUCGUUUUCAGUGUGAACCACACAUGCGCACCCAUCUUGGGUUCAGGUUGGGUUUGGAAUUGCUUUACCGGACGGGUCGUGCCGGUAGUAUGUCAUGUCAUCCGCCUCGACGCACCGAUGGCUUUUGCGUCGGUCUAUGCACGUAAUACCCGUGCCAAGUGAAAGCCUUUGGAACCAGCGGCUGCUAUAUGUAUGCGAUGUUACGCAUACGAAUUACAGAGUGGCAGUCAGUCAUCAAUCGGUGUUGUCCCCGUAUUCGCGAAUCGUGCAAGAGUAACUGGCAAGAUAUGGUCAUCGCGUCAGUGUUCAAAUAUAUGUCCUCCACAUUUACGAACACCGUGCGGCGAAGCUGUAGCUGAGAUGCCAGCUCAUCUGAAAAUGUUUUAAGACCGCUGAAAACGACCAUGGCAAAUGGUUGAGUAACUUUGCUAUCAAUCUACUGUUAGCGUAAGAUAAUGCAGCGAGUAAUUAUCCGCAGCGCGAGCGUUCGGUUUUACUUCGAACAUCGAAUGUAGUAUGCAUGCGUGCGAUAGGGGUGCAAAAAUACACUUUUAUAAGAGG